UCUGUAGGGUGGUACGCGGGUGAGAAGGUCCCGGUGCGCACCCGCUCCCAGCGCGUCUGGUCACCAUGCCUCGGAAAAUUGAGGAAAUCAAGGACUUUCUGCUCACAGCCCGACGAAAAGAUGCCAAAUCCGUCAAGAUCAAGAAAAAUAAGGACAAUGUGAAGUUUAAAGUUCGAUGCAGCAGAUACCUUUAUACUCUGGUCAUCACAGACAAGGAGAAGGCAGAGAAACUGAAGCAGUCCCUGCCCCCCGGUUUGGCAGUGAAGGAACUGAAAUGAACCAAAACACACUGAUUUGACCUGUAUUUUAAUAAAUACUAAAAAUCCAAAAAAAAAAAAA